CCCCCCUUUACAACUACUUGUUCAUAAAUACAAGACUCAUGGCUUCUGCAAGUGCUACCAGACUAAAUGACCUGUCAGCUCUAAGGUACUAGGCACUUAGAUGUUUGAUAAAAAUUGUACUAGUUACCUAUAAGCUUACCUAUGUCAACUGCCGCCAAGCUAUCCACGAACUUGAUAGUACGUUUGUUUCGCGAUGCAGAGUCUGCACCGAGCUCUUCUAACUCUGGCCGUUGUGAGCUCUGGCAAUGUAUUAGCCGAGCCAUAUAACACGUUUGAUGGAGAUGGAUUCCCUGCCUGCCACGAUGUUGCCAGUGUUCACAAUGCUACCAGUAUUGACGAGAUAGUUCAACUUGUGAAAAGCGCCUCUGCUAAUGGCACCCCGGUGAGGGCAUCAGGAAAAGGCCAUAUGUGGUACGAUACUAUGUGUUCAGACAACCCGGAGACCAUUAUCAUCCGUACGGAGUUCGUCAACGAAAUCUCAAAUUUAGUACUAGAAGAAGGCGCCGAGUCCGGCACAGUUGAUAUAGAAGCUGGCGUGACAUUUCUCCAGCUUGCCGAAUAUCUCCACAAAAACAAUGCUUCCAUGGGCUACACACUCGUCAACUGGAAUAUUACUAUGGCUGGUGCAGUAGCGAUGGGCGGGCACCGCUCUGCUAUCCGGGAGGACUCUAUGGUUGCAGCCGGUGUUCUGUCGAUAGAUAUCGUCAAUGGGGACGGGGAAAUCGUCACGAUCGAACGAGACGAGAGCAAUGAUGACUGGCUUGCUGCUUCAACCUCCUUAGGUCUACUAGGUGUCAUUGUUCGCAUGAAGUUCAAGAUCUAUCCCGAUUUCAAGGUGUUUGCGAAACAAGAGACUAUCGACGAAGAUGACAUACUCAACGGAGAUAUUUAUGGCAUGAUUGCGCCUUAUGCUACUGCCAAUUUCUGGUGGUGGCCUUACAUGAAGAAGUUUCAUUGGAGAUAUUACGACAAAGUUCCGCUCACACUUAGCUCCCAGGAAGGGUACCAGAACACAUUCUCUAUCACUGACACCGAAGCCUUCAUCGCAAAAACGACCCUCGAGAGCGGAAAGUAUCUUGCGACUUCCAACAUGUUUUUCGAGACCACCGCGUUCGGGUUAUGGUCCGCUCCCAACUUCCGCGAGAAGACGACACAAGAGACGAUCAGCGAGUGGCCGGUAUAUGGCUGGAACUACGACGUCCUAAUCGGUGGCCUGUACCCCGACCAGAAGCCUGAGUGGGAGUACGGGCUGCACGGCGCCACGCUUGAGCUCGCGUUUCCCAUCACUAUAGCCAACGACAUGCUCAAGCGUGUGCGCCAAGCGUUCGACGAAGAAGCCAAGAAGGGUAUUAUAAUGACGAGCACUUACCGUAGUGGGAUCAAUAUCAAGUUCGGCAAGCCCUACUAUGAUCUGCUCGGCCAAGUCACCUACAACACGUCUGAUGGCGCAGAUUGGAGCAAAGGGGCCAUCAUGUUUGAUUUCCCGUCUUUCAAACCUAGUAUUGGCGAUGGGAAACGUUUCAACGAAGAGUUUUAUCCCCGAUUGGCCAAGACUCUUGUCGAUGAGUUCCCGUGCCGACCUCAUUGGACCAAGAACACGCGUGAGGUAUUGGGCAACGCGACCAAGAACAUUGACCCCGAACACCUAGCAAGAUUUAAGACUGUGCGCGAGAAGUUCGAUCCUCAGGGUAUUUUCAAGAGUGUCGUCGGCGAGAUCUUGGGUCUGUAUGACUAAAUGGGUUAUAUAGUCGCUUGGCUCGAGUGAUCUUAAGAGGGACUAUGCGAAGCGUUUAGCAUGUUUAUCAUCGUGGGCCUUGAAACUUCGUACAGCUCGCGGAAAUAAACACACGUAGGUCAUAC